ACCGUCCUCCCCGCAUCCCACGUCGGACACUUCCUUCACUGCUACUUCUCCCUCCUUCCCUUUUGUGUCUGUCUUCUUCUCCCCAAUCUCGCCGCGCCAGCCUCAAACCCCACAGCGGCCACCGCACCGCCUCUCCACCUUCCUCCCACGGCCGCCGCCAUGAAACCCAGCAGCCCCACCGCCGCCGUCGGCACCGCCUUACACUUGGUCAAAACCCCCAACUUCGUCAAAUUCGCUGCCGUCGCUCUCCUCUCCCUCUCCGUCGCCCUCCUCUUCUACCACCACCCUUCCUUUCCCUCCGCCGCCUUCUCCGCAUUCACCUUCGCCUCCAACUCCUCUCCCACCGCCGUCCCCGCCAAUUCCACUUCUACCGCCCUCAACUCCACCUCCAUCGCCGCCAACACCACUUCCAUCGCGUCCAACUCCUCCUCCCCCUCCUCUGCUAUACUCAAAGUGAAGAAACUUCCUCCGCCGCCUCCAUCAGUGGCGCAGAGGACGGGGAUAGUGGACGAGAACGGGGCCAUGACCGAAGACUUCGACGUCGGCGAGUUCGAUCCCAGCUUGAUGGAAGAGCUCAGGGAUCUUAAGGGAGGAGCAGAAGAAACAGAGAAGAGGAAUGAACCGGAAAUAGUCAAGUACGGUAAGUUCAAACCGUGCGACGAAAGCAAAAUCGAUUACAUUCCUUGUUUAGACAGCUUCGAAAGGCAUUGCCCCGAUUCAACUCUCGUUUGCAUCAUCCCUAUGCCAAAUGGCUACCAGAAAUCCCUCCCCUGGCCCAGGAGCCGAGACGAGCUCUGGCUCCAUAAUGUGCCUGAUACACGCCUGGUUCAAGAUCAAGGCAGCCAGUAUUCGAUGUCCGUGAAAGAUGAUAAGAUCAGUUUUCAGGAUGGUGGAAGUGAUCAAUAUUUGAACUUGGUUUCACAGGUAGUUUUCCUCGUUAAGAACAUGGUUCCUGAGAUCGAUUUCGGCCAUCAAACGCGCAUUGCAUUAGAUAUUGGUUCAGGGAUUGGGAGCUUUGCAGCGUCUUUGUUUAAGUACAAUGUGGUUACACUUUCGAUUGGGACGAAAGAUGUUCAUAAGAAUCAGAUUCAGUUCGCACUGGAGCGUGGCCUUCCUGCCAUGGUAGCGGGGUUUGGUGCUCGUAGGUUGCCCUAUGCGAGCCAAGCUUUUGACUUGAUACGUUGUUCAGGAUCUGGAAUUGACUUGACUGUCGACAAUGGAGUGUUGCUUCUGGAGGUGAACAGGUUGCUGAGGGCAGGACGAUACUUCGUGUGGGGAGGGCCACAAGUUGAUAAUAAUGGUUCAGAAAUGGAGGAUCUUGCUGCGAGAAUCUGUUGGCAACUUGUGAAGAAGGAAGGUAAUGUUGGUAUAUGGUGCAAGCCUUUGAACAACAGUUGCUAUCUUGGCCGGGAGAUUGGAGCGCAGCCACCACUGUGUAGUUCCAGCGAGGAUCCGGACAAUGUCUGGUAUGUGAAUAUGACAGCAUGCAUAACUCCAUUGCCAAAGGACGGGAAUGGAGGAAAUGUUUCUGUGUGGCCAGCACGACUUCACUCUCCUCCAGAUAGACUACAGAGUAUUAAAAUGGAUGCAAUGAUAUCGAGGAAGGAACUGAUGAAAGCAGAAUCAAGAUACUGGAACGAGAUAAUAGGGAGUUACGUUAGAGCAUUCCAUUGGAAAGAGCAGAAUUUUCGGAAUGUGCUAGAUAUGAGGGCUGGAUUCGGAGGCUUUGCAGCAGCUUUGAAUGACUUGGAGCUGACUUCUUGGGUUAUGAAUGUUGUUCCUGUUAAUGGCUUCAACACAUUGCCUGUUAUAUAUGACCGUGGACUCCUUGGGGUAAUGCACGACUGGUGUGAGCCAUUCGACACUUACCCCAGAUCGUAUGACCUCAUCCAUGCAGCAGGUCUAUUCUCCGACGAGAGGAAAAGGGCCAAGUGCAACUUUUCGACCAUCUUGUUGGAGAUGGACAGGAUGCUACGACCUGGUGGAACUGUGUACAUUCGAGACACCUUAGCAGUUAUUGGUGAAAUCCAUGAUGUAGCAUCCGCAAUGGGAUGGGUGGUUAUGGUUCAUGACACGAGCGAAGGACCUCAUGCGAGCUGGAAGUUCUUGGCGUGCGAGAAACGUAUGCCCUGACCUCCCCCACUGUACCCUUUUUCUCAUCUCAAGAGCUUCCCACAACUAAUUGUGAAGUUGUCUUUAUAGUUGUUGUUUGUAACUUGCUUCGUAUAACAGUUGCCCCUGGAUAAACUAACCUGCUAUAGAGUACACUUCCAGUUGAUCAUUUCAAUACCAAGAGGAAAGUACUGUUGCUACUGAGAGACUAAGUUUGGCUUCUUCUCUUUUUCCAUUGGUUGUAUAGAUAAAGAGUUCAUCAAAAGACCUCAAAAGGGAAGAGGGCAUGGGAAGAACAAGAAAGGCCGUAAAGAAAAGAAGGCUAAAACUGGGGACUCCCAAUUGAGAGUAUAGGGAAGUGCAGAUUCAUCAGAGAAGAAGCUGUAGCUUUUCCAAGGGAUCCAAAGUUUUUUACAUGCAUAGUGUUUUUUAAACUGUACAGAACCCAUGGGAGUUGGCUUCUAUUUCUGCAGCAAAAUCUGUUUUCUUUACUCUGCUGGAAACUUAUAGAAGUAAUCGCUAAGCUAGUUAGGCCAAUGUUCUUAAAAUCAAGAUUAUACUCAAUUUUCAAUAUUAUCUAGUGUAAUAUCCUACGAUUCAAAUUCACCCAUGAUUUAGACUUUCCAUGAAAUCUCCAUCCUGACAACAUUGGGUCACAACCCGGUUCUUCUGAUAAUAAGCGUCCUCUUGAGAUAACCAACCUAGGAAAAAGAUGAAUAACAAAAAAACUGCAUCGACUAAUUACUACCCACAUUCACAUCUAUACUAGACCAACUGCCCCCCUACAGCUUCUUCUGCUUGGAGCAAUCCCCGCGAGCUGCAGCAGUAUUCACCUGUUUCCCAAGAUACGCUUCGUAUAUCUCCACCACAAGCCUUGGAUCUUUCUCCACCAGCUCCAAAUACUCCUCCCGUGUAGUGAGCUUGUCCAUGUUCUCCGUGAUCAGAGACAACGAAGCUUGGAGCACAUGCCUUGCAUUGUGCUGGUGAGCGAAUGCAUAGCUCAUCAACGAGCUAUCCCAGUUCAAUCUGGAGACCAGAAAGGUCUCACAGUAACCUUUGAGAUACUUGAUCUGAUACUUCUCUGCCAGCACCAAAAGGUCGCAGGCCAUCUGUUCAUCGAGGCGUGCUUCAGCUGUGUACAUGUAGUUGACAAAGGUUCUGAGUGCAUCGUAUGAUACGUCGGGGAUUUUUAUGGUUCCACUGAUGCUCUCUUCCAUUUGGUUCUCAAGCAUUGCUCUGAACACAGGGGAGCGGCUUGCCUGAACGGCCUUGUGAGCAGGGACGGGCAACGGAGACGAGCCAUCGGGGCCUUGGUCGUCGGAGGCGACCAAGACGACGUCGGAGAAUUUGCCGUCGAAGUGGUUCUGACCGAUAGGGGAGCAGAAUUUCAAGAAGGCGAUCUUAGCCUUGAGAUCGUCGAUCUCUUUCUUCAACUCUUGCUCGGUCUCGGUUGCCUCGUCGUAGCACUCCUUGCAGGUUCCGGCGUCGAUCGAGUCGUACUCUUCCUUGCACGAGAGACAUCGCAUCGUCUCCGAGUCGGAAUCAUCGGUGUCCGACUCGACAGUCGGCCGGCGGUGAGCGUUCAUCGGGGAAGUUGUUCUGUUAUUUCCCCGUCUGAUAUUUUUCCGCGUAGUUAGGGCCUA